GCAUUGACACAUAUUUUUCCUUCCUAUGAUAGCCCGACGGGCAGGGCUGAGAUGGAUUUUGGUAGCCCGACUGGAAAAAUCGCUAGCCCCGGGACGUCGGGCUAGCGAUUUUGCGAGCCCUGGAAAGAAUUCUGGGAUCAUUCUCACUGAUUUUUCCUCCCUGGUCUUCCAGGCCUUUAGGUUUUGCUGAGCUGGCCGAUACCACAUUAUUGAUUUGGCCUCUCCUCAAGUGUUUGCUCUCUCUCUCUCUCUGAUAGGUUUAGUUUGAUUUUCAGAUCAAUGAUGGCCUUCUUCGCUUUAAUCGACAUUUCUUUGGACCUCAUAUUGAGAAAUACAGCGAACGGCUAUCAGAUGCAAGUUAAACACUUGGAAGCAACUUCAAAUCUUUUAUCUGCUGAAUUUCUAUUGAAUAACGAGCAGGGAAUUGUUCAUCAGUCAACUGUCCAAUUACUUUUGAGACUGGACUGUGUAUUAAAAGGCUGUAAUUCCUAAACAGUUGAAAUUUUUUUGUUGAAGCCCUUAAAUUUAAGAUAGAAGUCUGUUCUUCAAACACAUCUGGACUGUUUGAUUUAAAAUCCUCCGUGGUGGUGGCAAAAUUACAACAACAAAAAAUUCAUGAAGGGUUUAACUGUUAAAAUGCUAGAAAGUGACACCUUUCUGCCAUGUGGGGCCGCUAAAGUGGAAACUUUGACUCUGUUCUGCCGUUAAUAUCAAAACCUUGAAACAUUUAAGCAUAACUGAAAAAACAAACGUGGAGAUGGAUCUCUGCUGCAAUACUGCUGCUUUAUUUUGAGGUUAUUAUCGCUCAGGAGUGUUACAGCUUUAAAAACACACACAUGUAAUACGUUCAUUGUUACUUUAUUCAUUGUGUGUCGUCUUAAUGCUUUAAAAGGGAGUUUGUUUGUUUGUUUUAAUCUUAAAAACUGAAUAAAACAAUUUUUUUUUGUUAAUGUCUGUUUAAAACUCUGUACUGUCAGAUAAAGACGAAGCACAUCACUGAAGUCCUUCAUAUGUAACACUUUGGUGAUUUAAAGGGCGCAUUACUUUUUAUUUUGUAUGACUCCUAUUUUUCCAAAACCAAAACAUGCAUUUUACAGUAAUGUGUAAACAGUUUGAUGAUGUCUUAUUGGCCAUUUUUUUCACAUUUAAAUAAACAGUUUCCACUGAAUUAUUCUUUUGCAAUAAAUUUUUAGGGUUGUGAACCCUUGACCUUUCAUAGAACAUAAACAUAGUUUUGUUUAUGACAGCACAGCUCUGUGUCGUUGCUCAUGUGAGCACAAAGCCCCAUCACAAACAUAGCGCUUGACAUUUAGUCACUUCACACCAUUGGAGCACAUUUAUAUUUUGAAUCCAGCUCUCCAGAAUGCCACAGCAACAGUCGGCCUCCCAACUGACCUAGAAGUGUCCACUUUCCUUACAACGUCCAGCUUCUGAAGUCUUGAGUGGGCCGGAUGGUUGAGUUAACCACACAGACUCCAGUUUCAGGGCGUCCUCAGGUGUGGAGCUGGUUGCUAAGGACUCCUGCUGUGGCUAUGGAGAGAGUAAUGUGACAUCAAGCUGACACAUCCAGCUCACAGCAGCCGCAAGGGGAGAUGGUGUCUGGAAAACAAGCUGUUCAGUCCACAUUUGGUCCAUCACAGAGAAUCUUGGAGCUGGCUCAACACAAAACCUCAAAAACAGUCUGGGCCACGACUCCUUGUGAGAAGCUGAGCUGGGGCAACCAGGAGCCUGUAUGGCCCAUCUCUGCUUCAGCGCUCGGAGCCGCUCCAAGUGCAAGAAUCCAAUACCUAUCCAGGCACAAAAGAGAUUUCUCAGCAAGGGAGGACCACCGGAGGAAGGAGGAGGAGGCGACGGCGAGCCUCUUCAGGAAGACCCAGCGACCUUCCUCCAAGACGUCCCAGUACAAAAACACCCUGCGUUUGUCGACACCCAGAACCAGGACUCGUAGCUCCCAGGAUGCAGGGCCUCCUCACACGCCUCAGUGUGAAAAAAACUGUCCUGUGUGGCACACUGAACCCAGGGUGAAAAGUGCCGUGAUCACACCUCGACUGCUGCAGCUUUCCAAACCCAAACUCGCACAUCCGGACUUCCAGAGGAGCGGGGAGAGCGUUGCUUCCAUCGUCUCUCUCUCAUCCAGAAAAGCUCGCAUCUCGCAGAGACUCGUCCAGCUGUCGCUGCCCAGACUGAAGGAGAGCAACAUCUGCUGCACACUUGGACGUCCAGAGGAAUCCAUCUGGACUGUUUCAAGAGCAGCGAGGAGAGCCACAGCGAGCGCUCGCAUUGAGAUGCUGGCAGAACCAAAGCAGCUUUCCAAGGACUACAUCCCACCACGAGACCCAGAGUGGAGCCGGAAAAACGUCCAGUCCAUCUGAGUGCGUGUCACCAUCGAGUCGGUGUUUCACCAGACUGAACUCUUUGUGUUUUCCACCCCAGACUAAAGCAGAAACAUUUAAAGGUUGAAAUUCAGAUCCUGUAUUCAUGUUUCUGUGCUUUAUUUACAUUCACAGUCUCUUUAAUGAUAAUAAUGGCAGUUAUUUCAAGCGAGUUAUCACAGCUUGUGAACAGAAAAAGUAGUACCAAGAAUGAACCCCUGCAUCUACCUGCAGAGUGAGUUAAAGUCAGUUACUGUGAAAUUAAUGAUGAGCCAGAGAGAUCCAACAGGGAAACACUGGAGUGUCUGUCUCUGUGUGGCUCUGUUAUCAUCAUCAUCAGCAUGUCUAUGAAAUCUUAAAUGAGUUAGCGUUGGACUGGAUAUGGCUGACAUGAUAUAUUGCUGGUUUAAAUCUCUGAUGCCUUGGCAGAUUGAGGGAGUAAUGUUAAGAAUAAAAACA